CAGGAACUGCAACAUGGCUCUACUGCUGUUUCUUUCGCUGCUGACUCUCGGCGAUGUUUUUGCCGGACGUUAUUUUAAUCACGAUGAGCCGUGCUUCAAACCUCUAAAGCAAAGAAGUCAACUGGGAGUCAAAACAGUUCCACGUCCUCAUGAAUAUUUAGAUAUAAUGUCACUGCCCAAAGCUUGGGACUGGAGAAAUGUCAAUGGUACCAACUUUGUCAGUACUACACGCAAUCAGCACAUCCCUCAGUACUGUGGAUCCUGUUGGGCUCACGGUAGCACCAGUGCGAUGGCAGAUCGGAUUAACAUCAAGCGAAAGGGAGCAUGGCCAUCUGCUUAUUUGUCAGUCCAGAAUGUUAUUGACUGUGGACAGGCUGGAUCAUGCCAUGGAGGUGAUCAUUCUGGUGUAUGGCAGUAUGCCAGCCAACAUGGUAUCCCUGAUGAAACUUGCAACAACUACCAGGCCAAGGACCAGAAAUGCAAGCCUUUUAAUGAGUGUGGUACUUGCACUACAUUUGGCCAGUGUAACAUUGUAAAGAACUACACUCUUUGGAAGGUUGGAGAUUACGGCUCCGUCAGUGGACUGGAAAAGAUGAAGGCUGAGAUUUUUGCUGGUGGACCCAUAAGCUGUGGAAUUAUGGCUACUGAUAAGCUGGAUGCUUACACCGGUGGUGUGUAUUCAGAGUAUGUGGAGGAUCCAUAUAUCAAUCACAUUGUGUCUGUUGCUGGUUGGGGCAUUGAUGACAGUGGAGUGGAGUACUGGAUUGUCCGCAACUCCUGGGGAGAGCCAUGGGGGGAGAAAGGCUGGCUGAGAAUAGUGACCAGCACAUAUAAAGGUGGCAGUGGAAGCCACUAUAACCUGGCACUUGAGGAGGACUGCAUGUAUGGGGACCCAGUACUGCCCGAGGGUUACAUGUAACAAUCCACUGCAACCAGUGUCAAACCACGAUUCUGUCACAGUGACUGGCCAAGAUAAUUAAUCAAAUUGAAAAGAUUUUUAAAAAUUCUAUUUUGCAUAUUUAUAAUCAAUGUGUUUUUAUGAUUAUUGUGUAUACAAUCAUUCAAAAGAUCCAGUUAUCUUUGAUACUUGAUGUGACUGGUUCUGCAUAUUUGGUUUUUAAAAUCUAGGUUUUAAAAAAAUUACAGUCAAUAAAGUGUUUACAUACAGGAGGUAAAACAAUGUAUUAGAAUCUUUUUAACUUUACAUUUUUAGUGGUUUCACUGACAAACCUAAUUGUAUUUUGUGACUGUAAAACAAUAAAAAAUAGAAUGUGACGCUGGCUACACAUUUAUAAAAAGUUGGGAAAGAGGCAAAAUAAGGCUAUGGUUAUACAAGUAACACUGUUCUGAAAGGUUCCACAACAGUUUAACUGGUAACAGGCAAGGUCAUCAAGAACAUCCACCAAAGGUUAUGCAGGGAAGGGUAGGUCGUGGUUUAUGAUUUGUGCCAAACUUUGUGAAAGAAUUGUGGUCAGACAUUGGAAAAAGAUGGGCAUCGGAUUCUACAUGCCAGAGAUGGAAAAAAAAAAAAUCCAGACUCUUAACAAUGAAAACUGCAAAAACAGCAGGAUGACAGCAUGGGUGUCAUCCUUACAAAACUGUAACAAUUUAUAUCUUUGAUUCACAAACGAUUAAAAAGUAUAAUUAAAAGAAAUGAUGUGACCCAGUGGUAAACAUGCCUCUGUCCCUUAUCUUUUUUAGUGUGUUGCAGGCAUCAAUUUCAGAAUUUGUUCAUAGUUAACUAAUAGAAUCAAGUUCGUCAUUGAAAACACUAAAAAUCUUUUCUUUUGGAAAUUGUUAAAUAAUGGUUCAAGUGAAUAAAUAAAUGACAGAUUUCA